CCAGACGAAAGAUUAGCUAGUAUUUGGGAUCACUGAUGCUAACACCGCGUUAUUGCAGUAUGUGGCCUUGCGACAUCGCAUUCAUACACAUCCGUACAUACAGCAUAGGCAUUGGCAUGCACAUAAACAUCGGUUCAACUAACUUACUUCAAGCCACAGUAUAAUCGAUUAUUAUAUCGCUACAGUAAUUGGACAGUUUAAAAAAAGUCUGCUGGAUUACAAGAAUCCUCGGAAUGUCAACAAUGAAAUUACUCGUACGGAUUUUUUCUGUAAUCCUGAUUGUAGUGGCUGUGGUAUCCACUGAUUGCCACACAAAGGGUUUGAGCUCAUAUUUCCAAAUAACAUGCAGAAAAAGUGCAAGCUGGGUAGAUUUUCAAGUGGAACUCCAACGUGCGACGAAGGAAGAGAAAAAUUUCUCUGUUCAAAAACUCGUAGCUAUUUUUCUAACUAACAACAACGUAAAAUCACUCCCAGGAGACGUUUUUAAGAAUCUAACUGGACUUGAGUAUCUUGAGUUAGGCAACAACAAGAUUGAGUCAUUUGAACCUGGAACGUUCAAAAGUCUUACCAAUUUAAGCUUACUCAAUUUGUGGAAUAACGAGAUAAAAGAAUUUGACAGUCACAUAUUUGAUGAUCUGGUUUCAUUAAAAACUCUUGAUCUUCACAACAACAAGCUGAAAAACUUGCCUCCAGGGAUUUUUGAUAAACUCGAGCAAUUGCAAGUGGUGAAUUUGUCGGGGAAUCGAUUCGAAACCUUACCGGGGACUUUGUUUCAACAAAAUCAUCAGCUAAACACAGUCAGAAUUCGAUUUUCACGUUCACUGACGAACUUACCUAGUGGACUUUUUAGCAACUUGAAAAAUCUGAAAUCUGUCCAACUUGAUGGCUCGAGCUUGGAAAGUUUGCCAGAGAAUAUCUUUCAGGGUUCAUCAGAGAUGAGGGAUAUUUUUUUGGCUGGAAAUAAUCUAGCGACUUUACCUAAACAAAUUUUUGAGGGUUUAGACAAGCUCCAGAAACUAUUUCUUCAUGGCAAUAGGAUUGAAUAUCUACCUGAUGAUAUUUUCAGCACAAAUCAGAAUUUGGAGGAUCUCAACUUAAACCAUAAUAGCAUCAAGAAUAUUUCUGGCUCACUGCUCUCCGGUCUGAAAUCGUUGAAAAAGUUACAAAUGCAGAAUAACUCAAUAUCACUUAUUGAUAAAAAUGCAUUCAAACCUUUAAAAAAAGUGGAAGAAAUAUAUCUCUCGCACAACAAUAUUUCGGAUAUUUUGGUCCUGGACGAUGACUACAUGCGACUAUCAGUUUUUCAUCGUUGUGAAAGACUACGGAAAAUGGAUCUGUCUUUCAACAAAAUCAACAGAAUAUUCAGUGAUUGGACAACACAGCCCUCUCAGUUUCUCAACUAUCUCGACCUUUCUCAUAACGAAAUAGAUAGAAUACGCGAAACGGAUCUGGAUUUUAAACAACCUCAGCAAUUUCGCAUAGAUCUCUCUGGCAACAAAAUAAAAAGGAUUGAUAUGAGCAGUUUCUUUGAAGAAAAUUUCCUACAAGAAACUCGCAGCAGUAUAGAAAUGAUUUUGACGAACAAUCCUCUGGAGUGCGACUGUUUUCUAUACGAUUUUCUACAUUAUUUGGAUGGAACAUGGUCGGAGUUAAGCAACAAGUUGCAUAUAGACAUAGGACCCAUGGAAUGCUCGAGUCCAAAAGAACUUGAGGGUACUCUUCUCUCGGAUUUGAAAUCUGAGGAUUAUAGAUGCGUCGCAUCCGAUCUUGAAGAAUAUGAAGGAGUCUGUCCCGACUCAUGCAGUAGAUGGAUACAGCCUUCUGAUUACAAGCUCAUUUUCGACUGUGCCUAUAAGAAUCUUACUGAAGUUCCAGAAACCAUGUGCAAGUUCGCAAGUUCGGAAUACAUCAAUGAAGUCAAUCUCACUGGCAACUUUAUCACAAAUUUUCCAAAUAUGAAUCAAAUUGGAUAUGACAGAGUAGGGACCCUUAUACUCUCGAAUAAUAAUAUUUCAACCAUACCGGAGGAUGUUUUCUCACAAGCACUUGUGACAUUGGAACUGGAUAACAACAAAAUCACAGCUCUGUCAUCGUCUGUGCUCGCUCAUCUUGAAAAUACCACCCUUGAGAGCAUAACACUCGGCGGAAAUCCCUGGAAAUGUGACUGCGAUGCCCGCCACUUCCAGUACUACGUUCAAAACGGUGGAGCCAAGGGCAAAUUCCAAAUCCUAGACGUGAAUAACAUUACUUGCCAAAAUUCAAAAAUAAGACUGAAAACGAUGACAGUAAACGAUUUAUGUCCAGCCAUGACGAAGAUGAUGAUCGGAAUAAGUAUAGCGGUAGCAUUCCUCGGAUUGAUGUUUGGUGUCCUGGCAGCUCUAUAUUACCGUUACCAAAGGGAAAUCAAAGUCUGGCUCUACGCCCACCGGAUGUGCCUCUGGUUUGUCACCGAAGGGGAACUCGACAAGGACAAACCUUACGACGCGUUCAUCAGCUAUUCUCAUAAGGAUGAAGAUUUUGUUAUCAGUGAAUUGGUACCAAAACUCGAGCAAGGCCCUCGACCUUUCAAACUCUGUAUCCACUUCCGUGAUUGGUUAGCUGGCGAAUGGAUUCCAGCGCAGAUUGCUAAAUCUGUGAAUGAUUCCAAAAGAACAAUUGUUGUUGUUUCUCCGAACUUUGUGCAAAGUGAGUGGGGCCGACUUGAGUUCCGGGCAGCUCAUAGCCAAGCGCUUAAUGAGGGAAGAGGUAGGGUUGUUGUUAUCUUGUAUGGCGACAUCGAACCAAAUCAUGACCUUGAACCUGAGUUGAAAGCUUAUUUAAGUAUGAACACCUACGCUAAGUGGGGCGACCCCUGGUUCUGGGACAAGCUUCGCUACUUUCUUCCUCACAAAUCUGAAUUGCCGGAUACCAAAUCCCUAGGGUCUAAAAUCUUGAAGGCACAAGAUCCCUCCUUACCUCUCGCUCUCACCUUUGACAAGGGUGAUGUGAAACCAUUUUCUGAUAAUGACAAUUCACUGACCGAAAGUGCUCCGACGAUUAAUGCUGGGAAGGUCACGAUUUGGGAAGUAAAAGAAGGGGCAGAUGUUUGCAUUGAUAUGGGGGACGAUUAAGUAUUCUAAGUUUUAGAUUCCAUGUAAAGCUACAUGUCAAUACUGUACAUAUGAAUUAAUUUUAAAUUUAUUUUUAAGGUUAGACUGAUUAAAAUACGAGACUUUGUUGUGGUCCUACUGCCGUGAUAUUUAAUGACAAAAUGAUAAUUCGUCAAAUGCAGUUUUAUCAGUAAUAAAUUUUGUGAUACAUUGAUUG